UGGUCCUAAAUUAAACGGUCUCAUUGGACUCAACGUAAGGAUGUAAUAAUCCCAAAUAUAUUAUGGGGUUAGUAUUUCAUAUACCAUACAUUGAUAUAUUAGCAAUAACACAGUCCAUAUUUUAAAACUCAAAAGAGUAAAUUUUUUGUGGAAAAGAAAGAAGAUGUCUGGUCAACUUGAGCAUGAAUUAGAGCUGAAUGUACCAGCAAGUGAAGCAUGGGAUCUCUUUGGCACCAUUGGUAUUGGAAAACUCGUUGAGGCAGAGAUGCCUGAAUUGUUUCAGAAGGUGGAGCUGAUUGAAGGAGAUGGAGGGGUUGGAACUAUUCUCAAACUCACAUUCACUCCAGGUACACCUGGCCCAGCCAGUUACAAAGAGAAAUUCACCAAAAUUGAUAAUGAAAAGCUUAUCAAAGAAACCGAGGUAGUUGAAGGUGGAUACUUAGAAUUUGGAUUCACACUAUUUAGAGUUCGUUUUGAAAUAAUUGAGAAAGGUGAAGAAUAUUCAAGCAUAAUCAAAACUACAAUAGAGUAUGAAAUCAAGGAAGAGCAUGCAGCCAAUGCCUCAUUUGUUUCCAUUGAGCCAUUGGCUAACAUUAUGGAAGUUGCCAAGAAUUACCUCAACAGAAACAAGGCUUCAAAAGAAGCAAAGUAAUAAUCAUCUACUUCAAAAUAAGACUAGAGAAAGGAAAAUCAGUUUGUGACAUUGUUUAGUUCAUGAAUAAGAUGAUGAAAGUUGCUUUGUUUCUAACCUUUGUAUUAUUUCUCAUAUGAUUUGCAAUCUUGAGAAACAUAUAGGUUAUAAAAUGAUUAUUGGGUUAUACCAAGUGCAUUUCCCUUCAUUAGAAAUUACAACUACAUUCAUCAAUUUAAUUUUAA